AUGAUGGUCUCCAGCAUCAUCCACCAUUUGUAUACUUGGCUUCGGCCCAGUCUGGUGGCGAUCUUCUAUCGCAAUAUACCGUGGGCCUUGCGCUGGCGGUUGCUAGUAUUUCAACCAGCUGCUCUCCUAACAUACUCCAUCGCCACGAUACCUUGUCUUUUGUAUCGCGCUUACACUGUUGAAUAUCUCCAUAUUUCGCCGGAUCGUUAUGUUCGAGCAUUGAUCUUCAAGGCUGCUGGUGUUGGAAAGGGGAGAGCUCUCAGGCCACUUCAUGUGAACUUUCACUCAGGUGCAUUCAUGGGUGGCUUGCCGGAGGGCCAUGCAUAUUUCGAUCAGCUGGUAUCAGAACAGACAGGGGCCGUUGUUGUUGAUGUUGACUAUCGUGUGGCGCCAGAGCAUGUUUUCCCUGCGGCUAUUGACGAUGCUGAUGCAACGAUCAAGUGGUUACAAGAGAACGCCGAAGAACGCUGGGGCGCAGAUCCAACUUUAAUGACCACGAGUGGUUUUUCAGCAGGAGGAAACUUAGCUUUUGCAGUCACUCAGCAGAGAAGCUGUCAGGCACCAUCUCCUACUGCUAUAAAGGCCAUCGCAACUUUCUACGCUGUUAUUGACUUCCGUCUAAGUCCCUGGGAGAAACCGCAUGCAGACAACAUGCCCAAGAAUGACCCUGCGAAAAUCUUUCUGCCCCUUUUCGACGCAUAUGCAGCACCUGCUAGAUCAAAACACUUUAGAGACCCAAGACUUAGUCCUGUGCUAUCAGAAAAGGAAACGUUGCCAGAACGGAUUCUCCUUGUCGUUCCUGGUAUCGAUAUUCUUGUUACAGAACAGACAGAGUUCGCAGAGCGAAUCAAUGAAGAGGAUGGCGAAAGAGAAGUUCAAAGAGUGGAAAUUUGGUAUGAGAAAGAUCUAUUUCAUGGAUACUUGGAAGAGUAUACCAGCGUCCCAUUCUCUCAGCUUCCAGUUGCGAAACAGCGAGAGUACAAGAUGCUUGUCGUCCGACAAUUUCCUAGUGCCUGGCGUACUGGCCGAGCACUACGCUUCCGAGAGUUUCAGGCGAAAGACCUCUGCCCGCAACCAAAAGGCCCUCCGUACAAAGACCAACCAGGAUGGAAUAAAGACACGCUCAGGCAAUUCGAGGAAGGAGCCUUGUUGUUAAAACAUAAGCAUGUUCAGAUGAGCCUCAAAUAUGACCGCUUGGAAAAGAAAACCCAUCAACAGAAGUCGUUUCUCAAGACCCUCCUGGAGCCAUAUCACACUGAUUUCUCACCGGGUUUAGAAAUGCACCCUUUGGACAAGUGUGGAGCAGUAGGCCACUUUGAGUCUCAUCCAAAACUCGUCUCUGGUCGAUAUCUUCUUUUCAACCAAUGGACCUUCACCAACCCCUGGAAAGACGGAACGAUCGUACUUGGCGAACUCGGACGCUUUGGAGCUUGCGAACAUCAGCGUAUGACCGGUAUACCCGAUGGAUUCAGUGAGCCGUUCGUUAUAUGCGUCGAUGAAGCAUUCAAAAACCCUGGAUGUCAGGUAGAUGGCAUGUGUCCGUACUGCCUUAUGGAGUUUCGAUCUGUACAACAACGAAUAUCAUGCAAAUGCGGGUGUGGAGGGACCUUGGGACUGCAGACUCGCGUUGGACUCCGGUUUGGCGAACAUAAGUAGUAGGUAUUGAUUCUGAGGGUCUGCCCAGGGGUGAUGAUUGCCUUGAGGUUGGUUCUCGUUAUGGUGAAACGGGUGUAGAGGGACAAUAGUUGAUGAGCAAGUAAUUCUUAUGAUGUUUUUGGGGGUUUAUCAAGGAUGCAUCUUUUGGCUGGUGUUUAUUCAUGGACAUGGUAUUGAUUGCUUUACGUCAAUGCGCUGUGUCGACUUCGUAUCACAUUCUUCGGUAC